AUCUCUCUGUGCAGUUGUGCCUCCCUGCUGGUCUUCGGCCCAGAGAGCUCAUGCGUGGUCGCUCUGCUUGGGUGCUGCUGGCCCUUUAAGCUGCGGGGAAGAGAAGCGUUGCGAGCGAAUGGCGCUCGGGUCCGCUGCGGGUCGCAUCCUUCUCUCUCCAUGGUAAGAGGCGCGGCAUUCCUCCCCCCCCCCACAUACCCCCCUCCAUCUUUUUAUGGGCAGCUGGAUUGAAAGUUUAGCGUACAAUCAAAGCAACUGACGGUCUUUGGGGAUGUCAGGUGGCAAGUCUGCCUUCUCAGUCGCCCUCUGUCCGCUGCUGCCUUUCCGUCUCCCGGCGACGGUUGCUGAAAAAGUGGCGGAGACCGAAAAGAAAAAGGCGGAAAGUUGUUUCUCGAUCGCUUUUCCCGCCCGCCGCUGGCUAGGAUCGCCCAAACUUUCCUUGUCCCGUCGGACUCUCAUUCACCCCCGCCCUUCUGAGCGUGUAGCGUUACAAACGAAAGAAAACGGCCCUUCAUGAAGCAGAUCAUGGCCUCAUCAGUCAAAUACUGGUGGAUUCAGAAGAGAAUCUUAGUGUUUGCAGUGAGAAAAUGCAGCCCACAUCUCCAUAUAACUGGAACACAGAUUGGAGCUUCUGGAUCUCAAGUUCUACUUAUAAAUAUCGGAAUGAAGAAUUCAAGAAACAAUUUGCCCACCUGCCUGAUUUGGAAAGGCUCGUAGUAGAUUAUGCCUGUGCCCUCCAAAAAGAUAUCCUUCUUCAAGGACGCUUAUAUCUGUCUGAAAACUGGAUCUGUUUCUACAGUAACAUCUUCAGAUGGGAAACUAUGAUUUCUAUCGCUUUGAAGGACAUAACCUUCAUGACAAAAGAGAAGACGGCUCGGCUUAUUCCAAAUGCUAUCCAAAUUGCUACAGAAGGGGAGAAGUUUUUCUUCACUUCCUUCAGUGCCAGAGACCGAACCUACCUCAAUAUAUUUAGAUUAUGGCAAAAUGCAUUGUUGGAGAAGAAAUUAACCAAACAGGAAUUCUGGCAGCUUGUCCACCAGAGCUAUGGCUCUGAGCUUGGCUUGAAUAUAGAAGAGAUGGAAAGCAUUUAUUCAUCAUCGGAAGAGAAUGGACAAUUAAGAUCUAACCUUAGCGAUGAAUCUGGAGAUAAGGAACCAGCUAAGUCUGUUGGUAUAGUUCAAGAAUCCACUGCUCUGACUGACGUUGAGACAGAAUUUCUUACUGGAAACUCACUUUUAGAAGUUGCUGAACCAGAGGAAUGUCAUUAUGAUAAACAAGACAAGAGGAAUUCAUUGAUUCCUUUAGAAAGGAAGCUCUCUGAUGUUGUACCACACAAAGUUUCAUUACAAUCCUUGGAUGUAAAUGAGAAUAUUCCUAAAGAGAAGAGCAGUGCCUCAGAAAGUGAUGAAGACGCUGAGGAAGCCAUCCUUGAGUGUGAACUCCAUGGAAAACUCUUUAUUAAUCGCAUUUUCCAUAUUGGUGCAGAUAAACUGUUUGAAAUGCUUUUCACCAAUUCCCAUUUCAUGCAGACAUAUCUGAGGACUAGAAAUAUAACAGAUAUUGUAUCAACUUCGUGGAACCAAGAUAAUAGAGGCAAUCAACUCAGGACCCUGACUUACAGAAUUAUACUUAACAAUCCACUUAUUGGAAAAUUCACAACUGCAACAGAAAAACAGGUGCUGCAUAAACGAAGCCACAAAGAUCGGUCUUACCAAGUAGACGCAGAGGUGGUGACACAUGAUGUGCCUUACCAUGAUUACUUCUACACUGUGUACAGUUACAGUAUCUCUCAUAUGUCCAGUCAAAAAUGCAGACUCCGGAUUUCCUCAGAUGUGAAAUACAAAAAACAACCAUGGGGGCUUGUCAAGAAUAUAAUUGAAAAGAAUACAUGGGGAGGUAUCCAGGAAAAUUUUAAACAACUUGAAUCAGCAUUACUAAAGGAAGAAUAUGGAAUAAACAAACCUAUUGAGGAUCCUGCAAAACUUGGAGUCCUAAGAAGGAGAAGAUGGAUUUUACAGCGGAAUUCAGAAGAAACACUUCCUAAACACUCUAUACAAGAUUCUACAGAAGACAAAAGAACAAUACCUCUUGGGAAUACAGGAAUGAAGAAGAAUGCUACAAAUAAAACCAUCAUCAUCAUAGUGGCAAUGAGUAUUUUUUUAGUUCUGCUGGUUUUUCUGAAUGUGGCACUGUUCCUGAAAUUGUCAAAGAUUGAGCGUGCAGCUCAGUCAUUGUACCAUGUUCAACUUCAGGAAGAAGGGUCAACAAUUCUAGCCCUUAAUGUGGCAUCAAAGGAGAAAACUCAUCAUAGUAUGAAUCAAGCCCAAUAUGUGAAAGGGGUGUUAAAGGAUUCUAUAGCUUUGCUUGAACAGCUGAAGACCUCAUUGUCUAUGCUCCAGCAUAGUUUUGAUCACCUAAACAGAAUCAAAGAUGGGGACCCUGAAAGUUGAUGUCACUAAAACCAGCUACUAAGAAGAAUGAAAAUAUAUUGCUGCGAUGAUAAAGCUGCUUCUUUAUUACAGUCUUUUCAUCACAAUACUUUCACAUAUAAUAAAUGUUGUUCUGGAAUAAGCUUUUUUUUAAAAGAAUUUUCUUGUGAAUUUGUGAAUCUUUGUGAAUCUUCCUGACCCACUUGAUGUCUUAUAUGUGUGUUUCUGUGUAUAUAUGUAUGUGUGUGUGUGUGUGUGAGAGAGAGAGAGAGAGAGAGAGAGAACACUUUCUUGAGCUGUGAAUAUUGGUGGAAAUGAAUGUUUGAGAACAAAAUGAGAGCUGAUAAUUAUAUAUACAUUGCUGAUAAACACUUCAGCAAACCACUGGACUCUACUGUAUAAAGUAAUAAACACUGGAUUUAGAUGGAAACAAUCUUAAGUGUUAUGAAAAAUGCAAUAUAAAAUGUUUGGUUUAUCACAUGCAAAGUUUUUCACAUCAUCUUCCUUUUAUCUAUGUAAAAAAAUCUUAAAAAGUAAAUUGUUUCAACAUUUGGCUUAUUUGUUCCAGAUAUCUAUGAAUAAAUCUAAAUUUUACAUGUAGCUUUUUCUGUUUGGGGGGAAUUUGUUUUAUGGAUUAUAACAUUUCUUCCUCUUAGUCGCUAUCAUUUCAAUUCUCAGAAUUUCUCAGGGAAUUUUCAUUCAUGUCUGGAAGUCAUAUUUAAAAAUGACCAACCCUACAUAUCUUUAAAAAGUAACUAAUGUAUAAUUUGAUUUAUAUAUUACAACCUUAGAGAGAGAUCUUUGUAAGAAUAUUUGUAUCAUUUUAUAGUUUUAUAGUUUUCAAGGCCUGGGGGGAUCAUGUUCCUUGUAACAAUUAAAGAUGCAGAAUGUGAUAUGUAAGUUUUCCGUUCUGAUGAAGAAAACUAACUAUCCCAUUAAAAAAUUCUAACUGUACUUCUGAUAAAAAAAGAACAAAAACAUUUAAAGUGUGAUGCAAAUAAAAUUAUGAACAUCCA